AUGCAUUCUACUACAUUUCUAGUCGCUGCUUUCGCCGCCGCCGCCUAUGCUUCUCCUAUGGGCCCAUCCAACGGCAGCCAGAACAGCACCAACGGUCCCAGCUACACUACCGGCCUGCUGGGCAAUCCAACCGCUGCCCCCAACCCAACCCCAAACCUCGGCGUUGUCGCUGAGCUUCUUACUGCCGACAGUACCGUCAACCGCUUCAGAGAGCUUCAAGCGGAAAUCGCCGCGGGCGAUGUCAGCCUGAAAUUCGACUUCAACCCUGCCGCCAACCCCGGUGUCACCCCCGGCAUGGGCGGCCAAGUCGAUCUCGCAAACCGCGCCAACUUCCCGAUCCUGACCGGCCUCGGUAUCUCCGCUGCGGGCAUCUUCUUCCAGCCCUGCGGCUUGAACACGCCGCACAUCCACCCGCGCGCUACCGAGUUCCUCACCGUUGUCACCGACAGCAACAUCUUCAGCGGUUUCGUGUUGGAGAACGGAUUGACCGCGGAAUUCAACACCACCUUGACCCAAUUUCAGGGCACAGUCUUUCCCCAGGGUAGCAUUCACUUCCAGCAGAACCUGGACUGCAAGCCUGCGGUUGCGAUCGCCGGCUUGAACUCCGAGGACCCCGGUGCCAGCUCGAUCGCCCAGAACUUCAUUGUCAACUUGGAUGCGGAUAUCGUCGACGCCACCUUGGGAUUCCCCAAGCAGAUUGACGGCAGCAACUUCGCUCAAUUCAAGAAGAACAUCCCCCUGAGCUUGGCCAAGGGUGUUGAGGAGUGCUUGAUCCGAUGCCACAUUCCUUACUAA